AUGGCGACGGCCACACAUAUCCAACUGUCGCCGACGACCGACUCGGGCAUAUACAGCUCGAAUGUCCGCGAAGAUUCGGCUCGCACUGCAAGUGAGCUCUUACAGGAAGACAUGGCAAAGCAUCAUGUCUUUUUCAAUGACCAAGGCUUCCAUAAUCACAUCCCCCAUCAGCUCCUCAGUAUAUAUGCCCUCGGAGCAACACCCGAGCAGAUCAAGGCUGGGUACCAGCGUAAUGAAGGGUAUCAGAGACCCGCGCGGCCGGCAGAUCAAGAUGUGAUUCUGUCUAUGCGCGAUAGUGUCGAAUUCCAGAAAUAUCUCGGGAGGGAAAAGCAUUAUCCCAAUUACCUGGCUUUCUUCCAGCAGGAGAUUGAUUCGAAAGGCGUUGGUGAAACCCUAAAGGAAUAUUUAUUUGCUGGCGAUGAGCGGGCCGAGAGCAUGUUGUGUCGACUAUUUGGUGGUGCGUGUUGCCUUACCUCUCCUACGCUGUAUGCCCCGAUGCUUACCUCGGAAUAUCUAGGCUUGAUCCAUCCACUUAUCCAUCUGAGCUUUGGGCUUGAGUUCAACCAGCCUGCCAUUGUAGCCCAAGGUCUUGCCCAGGCAGCUGUACACGCCGACUGGAUUGGUCGUGAGUUCUUUUUACCUGCGGAAAAGCAGGCUGGCGGAAUUGGAAAACAGGGACAGAAAACGCUUCUACAACUUUUGAAUGAGAUCCGCGCCGAUAAAGCCCUCGUUGAGUCUGUCCAGUGGAAAGACGAAAACAAGAUCAGAGAUGGCGUCUUGACUAGAGCGCCCGGGGCGAUGUUAACAUACGCUGCUCAAUACACUGUUUCCGAGGAUCAGGUUGACGAGCGACUGGCAGAUAUGAUCAAUACAGUCGUCUACUAUACUAGCACCGCACAAAGGCCGUCGCGGGCAAUGAAGCUAGAUUUCUUCUUCAUUCACUGUCUCAACUCGUCCAUUUUCUUCUCCAAGAUCAUGAAACUUCCGAUCCUCGAUCAGCGAUCCAAGCUUCGUCUACUGGAGUGGAAAGGACGAAUGGAUCUCUUGAUGUACACCUCGCGUGGUACCCCAGACCUCCUCCUGGAAGAAGUUGCUAGAUAUCCUGCCAAAGAGAACUGGUCACAGAUCUUCGCAUGCAGCGUUGCGCACCCCGGCGAUGAUGGUCAUCUAGCGAAGCUGACGCGCGCACUGGCUCAUGGCCAGAAGGUCUGUGAACCGUACGAAAGCAGCAACCCUGAGAUGCCGAUCCGGGGGGAUGUGUGGCUGCGGAUUGGAAAUAUCGCCGUGGACUCCACCGUUGAGGAGGGAAAGCCAAUGUGGGUCCGCUCUACUGGAUUCGAUGAAGCGUGGGAGCCCGAAGGAUCGCGUCUUUGA